GUUCCCUCCCAGCUUUUCCCCCAAAUCGACCGGAGGAGGCGGACGAUCCGUCGGAGCUGGAAGUCCCUUCUUCCUUCGCUGCCUCCUCCUUCCGCUUCCACUUCCGACGAACCGCGGCUUCGUUUGCUUCUGCUGUGUUUGCUCGGAGGGGAUUGUGAAGGCGGAUCGGAAAACCCUAGUUCAAGCGUGAUGGAACUGGUGGGGAGGGCCGUGAAGAAGAGAUUUCCUGGGUUUGGGACCUUCUCCGGCUUUGUGGAAUCGUAUGAUCCGGAUGCGGGCUAUUUCAGAGUGCUGUACGAGGACGGAGACUCCGAGGAGUUGGAAUUCCAGGAGAUCGCUUCGAUGCUGAUGGAAAUGGGCGAGGAUGCGUCCCCGCCGGAGUUUCAGGUUUGGAGGGGCAAGGGAAGGCCGCCGAAGAAGCAUAGGCCGAGCGAGAUGGAGUUCGCUGCUUGUGAGGACGUUGAUCUUGGGAGCGGCAGAGUUGUGGAUUCUGGUUUUAUUGGGGAAGAUGGGAAAUUGGAUGAACCGAAUGGGAUUUUGGCGGGGAUUGGAGAAGAAUAUAUUAAUUCAGAAUGCAAUCGUAGCUGCUCUCCGUUGAUGGAAAAUUGUUUCCCAAAAACUACUGAAGAAAUUUUCAGGAACGGUGAUGGUGUAAUGGAGGGAAUUAGUAGUAAUGGAUGCUCUGAGAGAUUUGCAGGGACUCCCAUAAUAAUGAAUCUGAAGGCUGAUAUUGGUCGUGCUGAGGAGUAUGGCUUAGGAGUCGGGAGAUUUUCAGAGCACGCCAAAGAGAAUUCUGUGGGAAAAGGAGAUGAAGUUACAGAAGUUGAGGUAUAUGAGUUCGAAAAUUGUGAAAUUUAUGAUGUUUCUACUCAAACUCAGGGGUGCGACCAUGAAAAUCUGGAAACCAAACAAAAUGACACUAAAAAGAGGCGAAGACUAUCUGGAAAAGUUUACUGUCCACAAGAUGUACCUUUAAGAAGGAGUGCUCGCAGAGUGGUUGCUACAGCAGUAUCUCAACCAUAUCCUUCUCAUAGCUACAUGUCGAAGAGUGAAUCAAGAUUUCAAAAUUGCAACGAGAAUGAUUUUGACAAUGCCCCUGAGGAUUCCAAGCCUGAAUUGCCACCAUCUUCUAGUGAUUUGGAUUUCCACGGACUGCCUGUUAUCGACUUGUUUUCCAUUUACACUUUUUUGAGGUCCUUCAGCAGGGUAUUAUUCUUGAGCCCAUUCAGCCUAGAAAUGUUUGUGUCAAGUUUACGGUGCAACUUUGCCAAUCCUUUGAUUGACCACAUACAUUUUUCAAUCUUACAAACCUUGAAGCAACAUUUGGAGUUACUUUCUGAAGAAGGAUCUCAGCUGGCUGCUGAUUGCCUAAGGAGUCUUAAUUGGGACCUUUUGGACUUAGUUACUUGGCCUGUAUAUCUUGCUGGUUAUUUACUGAUUCAUGGUUCAAAAAUUAAAUCUUCAGCCAAAAUGGCACAUUCAAAUGUCUCGACUGCAGAAUAUUACACCCUGGAAGCUACUACAAAGCUUGAGAUGCUUCACUUUUUGUGUGAUAGUGUCGUGGAAGCUGAAGGCAUGAGAUCAGAACUUGACAUUAGGAUGAAUGAGUGUGCAGUUACUUCAAAUGUCCAUAACAACAUUGAUAGGAGUAGGAAUGACUUGACUAUAACUAGUGCAGAUGGACCUUUGGCUCCGGAGGUGACUGAAGAGACUGCUGAUGGAAAUAGUGAUGAAUGUUGCCUCUGUGGUAUGGAUGGUAGCUUGAUAUGCUGUGAUGGCUGUCCUGCUGCAUUUCAUUCUAGAUGUGUUGGAGUUGUUAAAGAUCUUUUGCCCGAAGGUGAUUGGUACUGUCCUGAGUGCUUGUUGGAAAAACAUGAUGGAUUAACAAAGUUGUCAAAGUCUUCCCAAGGAGCUGAAGUUUUGAGUACUGAUCCGCAUGGGCGUGUAUAUUUUAGCUGCUGUGGCUAUCUAUUGGUAACUGAUUCAUGUGACUAUGUUUCUUCAUCUGUGUUUUACAAUAAGGAUGAUCUAGACAGUGUUAUCAGGGUUUUGAAAUCAUAUCAUUCUUAUUCUAUAAUAUUAAAUGCAAUAUCUGCACACUGGGGAAAUUCUCUUGAUUCCUGUGAUUCAGUUAGCCGGUUGUGCAGUGGAACGAGCAAAAGGAACAUGUCUUUGGAUACUGAAUUGCCCUCCAAGGACUUAUCAUCUUCAUUUCAGAAUGUUGCCAAUACCAAUAAUGUUGAAAAGAAUUCAAAGGAUAAUUGUUCUACUGACCAUAGUGGACUGAAUAACACAACCAUAUCAGAUUUGAGCCAGACACAUUUGUUAAGCUUAGAUCAUGUAAUUGGUUCAUCACAUCCUUUCACAUCCUCACAAGCUGAAGAACAGUUGAUUUAUAUGGCGAACCAUUCUCAGUUUACUCAGCAGGCGAUUGCUGAUUGUUCUUUGGAUCCCAAUUAUACUAUAAAUGAAGCUUUACGUGUUAAAUCUGCAGUUAUGAAUGUUGAGAAUAGAAGGUGUCUUUCAAUUGGUGAUCAAAAUAUUUAUUCCUUCGUAACUGAGCAAAGGAAAGCUGGGCCGUGCCAGCUGGAGUCUGAUCCUGGUGGCUAUAUUAACUAUUAUAUUUUUGGACGAGUAGCUUCAUCAGUUGCUAAAGAUUUGUCAUGUAAAUCAACUGAGAGCAACAAUAAGGAAAUUAAAAAAUCGGAAGAUGACCUUGUGUUGCUGCAGCUAAAGGCAAUUUCAAAAAGAUAUCUAACAUAUAGUUAUUAUAAUUUCCUCAAACUGUCUGAUGUUCAAAAGGAGAAGUGUGGUUGGUGCCAUUCUUGCAAAACAUCUACCAAUAAUGAUUGUGUAUUUGUGGUUAAUGACAGGCAUCUUGUGAUUUCAAAAGAACAUACUGUACAUCUUCAUAAUGAAAAGAAAAGUCACAUUUGCUCUGCCAUUGAUGAUAUUUUGUCAAUAGAAUUUCGUUUGAAUGGCCUAUUAUCUGGUAUGUGGGAGAACCCGCAGUACAGUAGGUCUUGGCGCAAGGCGGUUAUGGAGACAUCUAAUGUGGUAUCACUGAGACAUAUGCUCCUCAUAUUAGAAUCAAAUCUGCGGCGUGUUGCAAUGUUAUCAGAUUGGACAAAACCAGUUGAUUCUGCUCAUACAUUGGGUUCAUCAUCUCACAUCUUCAUGGGUUCAAUGGACGUACCAUCAAAUACUGGUGGUAGUAGAAAGCAUGGGAAAAAAGCUAACUCAGGCGCUGAGUUAACUAUCUCCCAAGCUGAUGCCCCGUCAUAUACCCCCUCACAUAUAUGUUGGUGGCGUGGUGGGCGACUUUCCCGCCAAGUGUUCCAUUGGAAAAUAUUGCCACAAUCACUGACUUCCAAGGGUGGUCGGCAAGGUGGAUGCAAAAAGAUAUCACAUGUUUUUUAUCCCGAUGGAUCAGAGUUUGCUAGGAGAAGCAAAUUCGUUGUAUGGCGAGCUGCAGUUGAGAUGUCAAAAACAGUUGCUCAUCUGACUUUUCUGAUCAAGGAACUCGAUUCAAAUAUUAGGUGGUUGGAACUUUUGAAGAGUCCACCAUUUCCUCAAUUGGCUAAAGAAUCCAAGAGUUUAGCAAGAUUGUUCAAGAAGGUUAUAAUUCGUAGAAAGGCUAUGGAUGUCACCAAUGUUAAAUAUCUACUUGAUUUUGGUAAAAGAGAGAACUUACCUCCUACUGUUACCAGAAAUGGGAUCCUUCAUAAAGAUCCCUCUAGUGAAAGGAAAAAAUUUUGGCUGAGUGAGAACCAUGUUCCCCUGUAUCUUAUUAAGGAUUUUGAAUUGAAGAAAUUAGCCCGAUCAAUGAAAAAAACAGGUGCUAAGUUGCCUUCAGUUAAAGUAGGAGAUUUCAGUGCAAAGAGAUUAGAAAGAUCAGGGAAUCUUUCCUACCUACUCUCCAGAGCAGAAAUAUUAGAGGGAAAGAUCUGUGGUUAUUGUAACAAAAAUGUGAUAAUGAGGGAAGCCAUAAAGUGCCAGUUGUGUGAUGGUUAUUUUCACAAAAAGCAUGUCAGAGUGUCCAAAGGUGCUAUACCUGUGGAAUACAUUUGCUAUAGAUGUAAGGAUAAAAAAUCCAUGAAGGCUAAUGUUAAGAAGAGGAAAAUAGUGUCACGUGAGAAGGAAAAGGGUUCUGGUAGUGAUUCAAAGGUGUUGCCAAAGAAAAGAAGACGUGUCUUGGUAAAAACUAAAAAGAAGCCUAAGUUGAAAAAGAAACAAAAACUAGUUGUGAUCAGACAAGCUAAUUCAAGAAUAGUCAAUAUUAGCAAUCCUCGUAAGAGAAAAAGAACAACUAUGCAUUAUUCCUUCUGGUUAAAUGGCCUGCAAUGGGCAAGGAAAUCAGUAGUUGAACGUGCAAAGAAUUUCAGAAAAGCAAAUGUUAUGCUCCCAUCGCAAAGGUUGUUCAGAAGUUCUAAGAGACCAGUGUGUUGCCUAUGUUUGAAAGAAUACGAUUCAGAACUUAUAUAUGUCUGUUGUGACAAUUGUAAAGAUUGGUUUCAUGGAGAUGUCUAUGGCCUUGCCCUGGAAGAAAUCAAUAAUCUAAUUGGAUUUAAGUGCCACAAAUGCCGCAAAAGGAGCAUUCCAGUGUGCCCAUUUUCAAGUCACACAGGAAAUGAGAUUUCACCUUCUAGGGAGUUCACUAUGUUAGAGGUUGUUGCUAAUGUGGAACAAGACAUGAAAGAAAUGCUUAAUAGUGAAAAAUCUGAAAAUUCAUCUGUAUCUGAUGGCAAAGACUGUCUGGAUCUGCAAAAUGAUGGUUCCUCAUGUGUUAUACUGGAGGUUCCAAUUGCAUAUGAAAGUGAAUGUCCAGGAAGAAAUAUUUUAGAUUAUCCAUUUUCAAAUCUUCCAGUCAAUGAGUUUCAAUUGUCUGGUCAAUUGAAAAUCAUAGCUACUACUACAUAUGUGGAACAAGACCAUGGAGAUAGGCUGCAUAAUGAAACAUUUGACAGUUCAAGUCCAGCUGUUCACAAUGAGGAGCAUUUGGAUGAAGAGAACAAUUGUUCUGCCUCAACCCCAGCCAGGGCUGAGGACACAUUUACUUUAGAAACUACAUGCAAAGAUCUGUGUUCAUCUUCGACCCUCACAGUUGAUGAGAUUCAGUUCUGUGGGGAAUUCACCCUCACAGAGACUGAUAAUAACAUGGGGGAAAACUCUGAAAAGAAACUUCAAAGUGAAACUUUAGAACAUUGUUCACAAUUGGUUUGCAGUGAGAAUUAUUUGGAUCAGAAUAAAAAUGACUCUACAUUUGGUAGAGAUGAGGCAUCAUAUACUCCAAGGACUGAACCAGAAAAUGGUCCUUGUACCCAUCCAAUGGAAGGGAAAGCUGUGUCUUGCAAAAUUGACAAUGAUUUGCACAUUGUAAUGACCUCGCAGGAAAUGGAGAGCUCGAAUGAAAUGGUUAUAGUCAAGGAGUUGCUGGUUUCUGAUCCCCUAGAUCAUCCAGAGUCACAAAAAGUUCUAUCUGGAAAGGAAGUUGGUGUUAAAAAUGCAAAAAGUUAACCAUUUAUUAUAUUUCUUAAUCAUAUUGGAAGAUUCAUGUUUUUAUUCUCUUGCAGCACUUCAUUAUUAGAUUAUUACAUUUUGUGGAAGUUUGGAAAAAGUUUGGUCAGGAUUUUUACAGUCAGCAGCCUUGGACUUCCCUGCCAAAUUUCUCAUUUUUACCUAUUUCUUAAUGACUGUAUCAACAACUAAUUGCAUAGCAUAGCAUAUCAUGUUUUUUUAGCAAUGAUGAUCAGAAAAUGCUGAAUCAUAUUUCAGAUCUAAUAGUAGACAUUCAGAACUAGAUGGCUUAUCUUUCCCUCUGUAUUGUAAACGUGCUGAACUCUAAGCACUUAUCUGGUGUCUGCUGCUAUUUGGUCAGGCAGUGAUCCUCACCGAAGAGUUAUGAUUUAUAAGAUCACCAACACAAACAGCAUCAAAGAUGACCUAUUCCCAGUGCGAAAUAAACACUUAUUAUAUAGUUGCUCUUCGUUAUGCAUGCAUCAAAUCAUUAGAUGUUAUUUUUUUUUUAGUUCAAGUGCGCACAACCUUAUUAAUUCACCAAGCGAAUGCUUAUUGAAAUGUGAAUUAUUUUUAAAUUUUUUCCGGAUUAGAUUAAGCAAUUUGUUUUAUAUUUUCAAUUAGUUCUAAUAGAUAAGCACUUUUCCCCUCACUCCUUGCUGCACCAUUUUGUUAACAUUUUUUUAAUGCAGAAUCCAAAGAAUUGCCUUACAAUGUGAUGAUGGAUUAAUUUUGAAAGUUUUUUUUUUUAUCGAUCAUUAAAGUAAAUUAAAAAAUAUUUAUGAAGAUUUAUUCAAGCGGUCAAUUUUGUUAGAUUUAUCCUCUUACCAGAGGAAUUUUUUUUUAUUACAGUUGAGAUUUGAAUCUCGUCUGAUUAACCGUUUGGAGAGCUGAAUGAGGCACCAACGUCUCGGGGCAACCCUUAUCUAUUUUGAAUAUAUUUAAAUACCCCUAUUUUAUCAUCUGGAUGAAAAUGUCAUUUAAAUUAAAAUUAAUGGCGUCAUAGUCUCAUCACUUUAUGAACUUUACUUGAUUGUUGUUUAAACACCAUGAGGCUAAAGCCUUCUAAUAAUUGUCUUCUCCACGGGUCUCUCGACGUGGACAUCAGCCACAGGUGGGUGUCUAAAAGGGCAGCAUGCCAAGUAAAUUCUGUCGAUUCUUUUGAAAUAAUGUCUUUGUCAGAAUUAUUAACUUUCGAUGACAACGACUACCCUAAGCUUUACUUUUAUGAGUGCCUAACAUUUAACUUUUAUUAUUAGAUAAGGAUAAGAUUCGACUGACGAUUUCAACAGCUCUGUCAAAAUGAAAUCACUACGAGUUUAAAUAAGCCAUUUUGUUGGGAAGAAACUUAGAACGAUAGCUUCUCAUGUCGUAUGAUUCUUUGAGGGAGUAAUUAUAUAAAAUGAUAAAUUUAUUAAUAAUAUAAAUAUUAAUUUUUAAUUUUAGACCUUAAACAAAAAACUAGAAGUAAAAAAAAAAUAUCAAAUUUUUACUUACUUUUGAGUAAAAAUUAUAAAACCUAAAGCAGAAAUUGAUAUUCAUAAAAAUUAAAAUCUCCAUCUAACCCUCCCUAAAUUGUCUUAUGUGUUGCUUAGUUUAUACCAAGUAGCUACAGCCCAAGCGACAGCAUUCAGGUUCAUAAUUUUGGGGAAAAUGGGUUAGGGCGACAGGAGAAUCAGACCACGUGGUUGGUGGUGCCGCCUAGGUUCCUGCUCCUCCUUGCCACAGCCUCGAGUAGUCCGAAGCGAUGGCUCGGACGGAAAACCAACCCCUUUACUUCUCCUUUAAAACCCCAACCCAGUCGCAAAUCCCUUUGCAGUUCGUCGAAGAUAUUUCCGUAGAAAAGAUAGAAUAUGAGUACUAUGGCUGUGUCUCGUGGAGUGGUAGGAAGGUCGUCGUUGAAUCCGAAUGCCCCACUCUUUGUUCCGAUGCUGUUUCAGCAGGUUGAAGAUUUCUCCCCCGAAUGGUGGGAGUUGGUGCAGACGACUCCAUGGUUCCGUGAUCACUGGUUCCAUCAGUACCAGGAGCAAGAGAUGUUUGACGGCGAGGACUCAUUCGACUUUGGGUUGACUGAACUUCCCGAGGUGCUCGAUAUAGAUUUGGAUGGAGCCGGUUUCAGUGAACAUGUUGAGAUGGACAAGACUAUUUCUGGAGCUACAAAGAAGCACGAUAAGCACCUGUUCCCCAAAGAGUUUGAGACUGAUACCUUGAAGGCAUUAAUGUUGAACCUGAGCUCCAAAUCUCCGAAAAACGGUGCGAGGCCUCUGUCGGUUCUGGACAAGCACCGCGAAAAGCCGGUGCAGUGCGUGAGCCCAAAGUUUGGCCCUCGCCGCAUCAUUCACCAGCCUCGCUGAGACUUGCUUUUUCUGGCGGAGUGUUGUCGAAGUGCUUGCUGUUGUACACAACUGUAUGGAUGUUGUUGCUGUUGUAGACUGUGUUGUAUGGCUUUGUUCCAUCUUUUGUGCUUGCUUAGUGUAUCACCAAGAAAACCACGAAAUGUAGGACUGUAAAAAGACAUGUGCAAUGUGAAUGUUAAGUUUCAGGAUUUA